AUGGGAAACGGGAGAGACGCAAGCUCCUCCCCAAACUCCAAGCAGGAGCUGCAGCCGUACCAGGGCUCCACUACCCUCAAACCCAACCAAGUGGGCGAGACCUCCCUCUACGGCGUGCCCAUCGUCUCCCUGGUCAUCGACGGGCAGGAGCGGCUCUGCCUGGCGCAGAUCUCCAACACGCUGCUGAAGAACUACAGCUACAAUGAGAUCCACAACCGUCGGGUGGCCCUGGGCAUCACCUGCGUCCAGUGCACGCCGGUGCAGCUGGAGAUCCUCCGCCGGGCCGGGGCCAUGCCCAUCUCCUCCCGCCGCUGCGGCAUGAUCACCAAGCGGGAGGCGGAGAGGCUCUGCAAGUCCUUCCUGGGCGAGCACAAACCCCCCAAGCUGCCCGAGAACUUCGCUUUCGACGUGGUGCACGAGUGCGCUUGGGGAUCGCGGGGCAGCUUCAUCCCGGCCCGCUACAACAGCUCCCGGGCCAAGUGCAUCAAGUGCAGCUACUGCAGCAUGUACUUCUCCCCCAACAAGUUCAUCUUCCACUCCCACCGCACCCCGGAC